AAGACGAGCGCGCCCAUCAGGCCCCGUUUGCCCCCUCUCGCCCACCGCGGGACCGCUCCACCAAACCCCAGAUUCACUAGUGAGCGCCGGUCAGGAACGCGGCAAACCUUACGCUCGCCUUUGUCGCCAAAAGCCUGCAGAGACCGUGUGGCAGAGAUUUGACCAUGGCAUUCAGACGAGCGCCAUUGGCCAGAGUUCGUCUCAAUUCCGUGGCUGCCCGCUCGACGCCGUUGCAAGAUCACCGCUCGUCAAUCGCCCCAACUCUGUCGUGCUGGAGAUUACUCGCUACCCACUCCGCAUCCACAGCGCACACGACACAUUCGCCGUCAGAGCCAAUCCGUCAAUACGACGAUUCGCUGCUCAGCAAGGUUCUUGCCGCUAUAUAUUCGCGAGACUAUGGUCAAUUGCGCAACCGGUUUCUCAAAUGGAUUCAGACACUCGCCAACCCAGAGGCCAAACAUCACGGCGAUGCCAUGAGAGAGGUCCAGGGCAUGGCCAGUGCCACGUUUUCCGAGGUUCUGCGAAACUUGGACCCCGCGAAUAACCAUGAGCUGGAUUCCGCGCAAGGAAUCGCUAUUUCGCAAGGCCUGGCCAGAUUUUCAGACGCAGGUAAACUUGUGGACGAGUUUGGCGUGCGACGGCAUCACCGCGACGUCCUCCGAGGCGUCCAGCUUCUCCUCUCCAUUCGCCGCCUGUCCGAGCAGGCCCUGACUACCGCCGACUACGAAAUCCUAAUCCGCAUCGCCGGCACCGCUGUUGACAGGCAGGCUGCCAAGGAAUUUUGGACAGCCAUGGUGGGCGACGGCCUGCGAGAUGCGCGAACCGCCCAGACUUGGAACGAAUUUAUAAAAUCCCGGUUCAUGACCGAGCCUGCGUACUACCAGUUUGACCGGUCCCGCGUUGCCGUGCUCGCGCGCGACUUGUAUCGCAACCAAGCACCCAUGCCCAUGGCGACUCUCAAGAGGCUGGAUAGAAUGCGUUUCGCCAUCAACGCAAACACACAGCUCCCGUUUAACCGCCGCCGCGACGAACCGGGCGAGGACAUCAGACGACUGCUCCGCCACAGACAAGACUAUCGCGGCUACAGCAGCCACUGGAUCCGCGCGCAGUACUACGGUCACGAAAUGAACCAAGACUUGCUCUGCACAUCGCUCAAGGCGUUUUCACGCUCCAGCUCUCUGACAGCCAUCAAAGAGCUCAUUCUCAAGCCGUACUACAACAUUAUGAUUGAAGACGGCGAUAUCCCUGGUACAUACAACAUCACAGGCGGCCGCAAAUUCAGCGCCAACCACCCUCUCCGGCCAACCACGGAGCUGCUUAACGCACUCACCGAUUCGCUCGGAUCCAUGGCGCAGAUCUCGCUCGCUACGCAACUCCUAUACCACUUCUCAGUCACCUACGAUCUCCCCGUCCCUCAUACAGUAUGGUCCAACCUCCUCAACUGGACUUACCUCAAUGCGUCUAAACCCUUUGCUUCGAUGCGUGCAGCGAGCGGCAACUACCCUUCUACCACAAUCACGGCCGCCGAUGUCCGCGCCACCUGGGACGCCAUGACAUCCGCCCCGAACAAUAUCAUCCCCUCUAUUGACGACUACCGCAUCUACCUCAAGACCCUCAUUGCCCAGCGAUCCUUCUUCAAAGCUCUCAGCGUUCUCCGCGACAAUAUCAUCCCACACUACCGCCUACUUUCGGACAACCACGAUGCAGCGCUAGCCGAUGAAGUUUUACAAACCGAUGCUUCGCCGACUCCCAUAUCUGCUGACGUUUCGCGGCGCCGUGCUCGUGCUGCCGUUCUCAAAGACGCAGCGCACCACGAGAUUGCAUCUGCUCUGGUGCAGCUGCUACAGGCCACUUCCGGCUCACGCACAUACCGCGAGUCGGCUGUAACCACGGCUGAAUUACCCAACCUAGUUGCUGAAUUUGCAGAGUUUCUCCCAGAAAAGGUGCGCUACCGCACAGCCCAGGGAUCUGUGGUCUUAGAACGACCUGGAGCUGAAGAGGGCAAAAUUCUGCACUGGCGAAAGCAGACUCGCACCACAUUGCCGCAGAAGCUAGCAGGUAUCUAUGCCAGGAAUGUCGAAGGAUCCGAUCAACCAGACUUUGAGUACCCAGAGGUGCGAAGCAUGAAUAUCCAGGAGUGGGUGCCAGUACCUAGACGACGACUUGGUAGACUCACAAAGCCAGGUCAAAGCCCCAACUGGUGGCAGGCUAUAGAAGAUGAAUCAUUUGCAUAGACAAAUUAGCGAUGCUUUUUAGUGUGUUUACUUGUAUACAAGAGCAUUUUACAGUAUAUACAGAGUCAUAGAUGUACAAGCGAAAAAGUAUCAAGAGAAAUAAAUAAGAAGCAUUAGAAAUCG